AUGGCAGUUCGGAAGCGUGAAAAUGCUACUCAAAAGAGCAAAAAGCUCGUAAAAAGAGAGAAAAUUGAAGAUGACUCUACUCCUUCCAGUCCUAGUUACGGCAAAUACUCCGUCUUGGUGCUCGUUAUUCUUUCGCUUUUCCUCUUGAACCGAUCCGAACCGGCUCCGAAAGCAGAGUCUACGAGUCGUUUUCAAUCCGGCCCAGCGAUCGUGACAACUUGGAAAGGCGUUUCCCGGGAGUGGGCCGAAAGUUGGAUCAGUUAUCACGCCGCUCUUGGAUUCACUCGACUUUUUAUCUUCUGGGACUCGCCGGAAAACGAUAAAGAAACAAUCGCCUGGCUUGAUUCCGACCCUGCGUAUUCCUGGGUCGUUGAUAAUUACUCCCCCGACGAUGAAUACAAAAAGCGCUUUUGGAUGCCAAACGAGGAAAGCGACGACUUUGAGCAGUGGGUUCUGCCUGCUUACGGCGUUCACGCGGAAACGGAAAUUACGGCGAGACAGAGCUUGUUCGCCGCUCGAGCAGCUCAAAUUGGACUCAAAGAAGGCGUUUCAUGGUUGUUGCACAUUGACGCGGACGAGCUCUUCUGGGUUGAUGAGAAGGAAGCGAGUGGAUCAGCAAAGAGAAUUUUUGAAACGCUUUCGGAUAAGAGGUUUACUCAUGCGAGCUUUAUGAACGACGAGAUUUUGCCGGAGACGCCGAAUUUUGAAAAUGAUCAGCUUCCAAAAACACCAUUUCAUCAACGAACGCUUUUCAAACGCAGCUCCUCAGUCACUUUCGAUCAGCAAUCGCGCUCCGUCGCUCAAGAAUGGAAAGCCGAGCAUGAUGGAGUCAAUUUUUUCAUGGGCUACAUGUGCGGAAAAGGAGCCAUCAAUCUUCAAGAGUGGAAUCUCAGAAAUCCAGGAGCGGCGGUCGUGCCACAACAUGUCGUUCGUUUUGCCUCUGAUUAUCGAAACCUCGGCCUCAUCACGCUCCUGAAACAACUCGGCAUGUCUUACGAGCACUUCGAUGUGCCAGUUACGAAUUAUCAAUCAGCAGCGCAUUUUUACAAAGCAAGAAUCAUCCACUACAUCAACUCGGACUUGGACUCAGCCAGAUCGAAGUUUGGAUUCCGGGAAAAGUUCGACUCCAAGAUUUUCGAUGCCAAACUCGCCACUGCUGAAGAAAGGGAGAGAUUUGAUUUGUGGAAGGCGAACUGGACUGAAGAAGAAGGAAUGCCGAGUGAAGUUUAUUACAAUAACAUGUGGAAGGCUGUCCAGGAGGAAAAGAAAACCGGCAAGAACCAAGCAGAACUGUACUACAAGAAAACCUCCCUCGUCAACCCGAAAAAGCUCAACCGCUAUCUACAAACGGGCGCAAUUUACCGCAACACUGACAUCCGCGACUACCUUCUCAAACUUUCCAAAGAGCUCCAUUCCUCUUCAACUCCCGGAGAAGUCCUGAAAGAACACAACUCUCGAAAAUCCUCAUCGAAGCACAAAUAUCACGGCUGCUCAAGAGGGCCUCAUUUUCAAUGCGAUCACAAGGAUUGCUGUUUCCACUUGCGAUCUCCCAUGUUCACUUUCGAAAAACGACUGCUUGGCUACAUCAGAUACGACAGUUUCGAAUGGUGGAAGAAGGGCAUCACCUGGCCGCCUCGUUCCCAGCACUAG